UGUUGGCCAGCUGACUGCUCCUCACAGGAGGAGCGGAGAAGAGAGCUUGCAUUAACGGGCAAGGAGAGGAGCGGAGAGGAGCUGAGCGGAGCGGAGCUCUCCGGCGCCAUGGAGUAGCACUACGAGAACGAAAAACAAUAAUAAUAAUAAUAAACAGCCAUACUAUCGCUUAACAUGUUCAAACGCAGAAGAAACUAAAUUAUUCGCCCCGACAUCAUCAUCAUCAUCAUAAUAAUAAUAAUAAAUAAAAGGUUUGUCGGUGACACCCUUCAGGUUGUUUUGAAUCUGUCCUGGUUUUGCUCGUAAAGAUGUCCACGGAGGAGAUGCUGGCGGAGAUCGCGCGCCUCUCGGGUGAGCUGAACGAGACCACGCGCGAGAAGAUCCAGGCGGCGGAAUACGGGCUCGCGGUGCUGGAGGAGAAACAGGCGCUCAAACAGCAGUAUGACGAGCUGGAGGGUGAAUAUGACAGCGUCCGGCAAGAACUGGACCAGCUCAGAGAGGCAUUCGGACAGGCUCACUCCAACCAGAGGAAAGUGGCAGCCGAUGGUGAGAGUCGGGAGGAGUCUCUGCUCCUGGAGUCAGCAUGUAAGGAGGCGUACUACGAGCAGCGUGUGCAAGAGCUACAAACCGAGCUCAGGCAGACGCGUAACGCCCUCACCAACACACAGUCAGAGAACGAGCGCCUGUCCACCAUCACCCAGGAGCUCAGGGAGAACAGUCAGGUGGUGGAGCUGCAGAGGUCCCGACUCCGUGAUGACAUCAAGGAGUACAAAUUCCGCGAGGCUCGUCUGCUGCAGGACUACAGCGAAUUGGAGGAGGAAAACAUUGCGCUGCAGAAACAUGUGUCUGUGCUCAAACAGAGCCAGGUGGAGUUUGAGGGCCUGAAGCAUGAGAUUCGUCGCCUGGAGGAGGACACGCAGUUCCUGAACAGCCAAUUGGAGGAUGCUAUCCGUCUGAAGGAGAUAGCCGAGAGACAGCUGGGAGAAGCUUUGGAAACCAUCAAGACUGAGAGGGAGCAGAAGGCGGCCAUGAGGAAGGAACUGUCCCAGUACAUGAACAUUGGGGACUCCAUGUACCACAAUUCCUUGAGUAUCUCUCUGGAUGGGUUGAAAUUCAGCGAAGAUGUGAUGAUCGAGCCCAACAAUGAUGACCCCAUCCACGGCUAUGAAAAUGGCUUUGACAAGAUCCCGGAUGCCGAAGAUAACCGGAUGUCUACGCCCAAAAAGGACCAGCUGUUCCGUCCAGCCCCCAGCCUUGUGGAUGACUUGCUGAGUGAACUCAACAUCUCUGAAAUCCAGAAGCUUAAACAACAACUUGUGCAGGUGGAGCGGGAGAAGGUGACGUUGCUAUCAACGCUGCAGGACUCACAAAAGCAGUUGGAGCAGGCCCACGGGGCUCUGUCAGAGGAGCAUGAGAAGGUGAGCCGCCUCACUGAGAAUCUGAAUGCCAUGCGCAAGCUUCACGCCAGCAAGGAGCGCCAGUCAGCCCUGGACAACGAGAAAGAACGUGACAGCAAUGAGGACAGCGACUACUAUGAGGUGGACAUCAAUGGGCCUGAGAUCCUGGAGUGCAAGUACAAGGUUGCUGUUUCCGAGGCGGGUCACCUGAAAGAGGAACUGAAAACUCUGAAGUCUGAAUACUCUGCUUGCCGAUCGCAGCUUGAGGAGGAGCGUAGCCGAUUGGAGAGCCAGGUGGCGUCACUCCGCUCUGAGCUGAGUACCCUGGAGUGCAGCAGCCGUGCAGAGCGUGAGCAGCUGGCACAGAUGGAGAAAGAGUUACGCCGGGCCAGUGAAGCAGCCGGUGAGAGCCAGGGAAGUCUAAGCGUGGCACAAGACGAGCUGGCCACAUUCAGUGAGGAGCUCGCCAACCUUUACCACCAUGUUUGCAUGUGCAACAAUGAGACGCCCAGCCGUGUCAUGCUUGACUUCUACCGUGAGGGCAAAGCCAACGCUGGCACCAAUACCAACAAUCGGGGCAGCCCUGAGGGUCGUGGCCGUCGUUCACCCAUCCUCCUGACGCGUGGACUCUUCCCCACCCCCGAGGCAGAAUCUCCAUCCCCUGUCUCUUCCCCAGUGGCUGACCCACGCAAAGAGCCAAUGAACAUCUACAACUUAGUAGCCAUCAUCCGUGACCAGAUCAGACACCUGCAACUGGCCGUAGACCGCAGCACAGAGCUGUCUCGUCAGCGCCUGGCUUCUGCCGAGCUUUGUCCCACUGCUGACCGUGACCACGAGGCCAAUGUGGAAGAGAUCCUGAAGCUCAAGUCUCUUCUCAGCACCAAAAGAGAGCAGAUCGCCACCUUGAGAACUGUCCUUAAAGCCAACAAGCAGACUGCUGAGGUAGCACUGGCCAACCUGAAGAGCAAAUAUGAGAACGAGAAGGCCAUGGUGACUGAGACAAUGAUGAAGCUUCGCAACGAGCUCAAAGCCCUGAAAGAGGAUGCUGCCACCUUCUCUUCCCUUCGAGCCAUGUUUGCCACCCGCUGUGACGAGUACGUCACUCAGCUGGACGAGAUGCAGAGGCAGCUGGCAGCAGCUGAGGAUGAGAAGAAGACCCUGAACUCACUCCUGCGCAUGGCCAUCCAGCAGAAGCUGGCCCUCACGCAGCGUCUAGAAGAUCUCGAGUUCGACCAUGAGCAGACGCGCCGGAGCGGAGCCAACAGCAAGACCAAGUCCGCCUCCUCCCGGGCCAAGGCCACUCACAACCCUGCACAGUCACAUGUAAGUCCACCCCUCACUGCCACCUGCGGGGGUCGCGGCGAGUCCAACGGCCUCCUGGGAACACCGGUUGUGUUCUGCAGUGAAAAGUACAAGAUCUACUGUGACUAAGUCUUACGUGGCAUGUUUUAAACAGUGUACAAAGCCCCACUCAUGUGCUUUCUCGCUCAUUAUUUGCUGUAUGGUGUGUAUCUUUAUGCCUUAUGGUAACGUGGCUACCAGUGUGAUAGUAGCUAGGUGGAAGACGGCUAAUAUGACGGCUGCCAUUCAUGUGUUCUACAGAGGGCAGUUUGCUUCCUUCUGUACUUACGGUGCUGUAUUUUAAGUGGCAGCUCCAUAUCUGAGCGUAUGUUAGCGCGCAUGUGGUUUUCCUGACCACUCGUAAUGCAAUGGCGUCGUGUCGUGGUUGUGACGUGUACCUAGCUGCCAUCUGCACCUUGGUAGAUAUCCUUCCCCCUUUUUCCCUUUCUCGAACACAUCCUUCCAUCCUCUUAUUCUUUCCCUCUCUCUCUCCUGCAUCAGAAAAGCAUUCUUCUAACCCAGCAGCCCGUUGUGUAAUCAGGUGACUAAUGUUUACAUUGUAUACAUAGAUAAACAUGUUAAUAUGCAAAUCCCCCACUUCUAACAGUAGGUGUUCUGAAGUGGGGAAAAAAGUGAAAGCAGAACAACGGGUUACUGAAAAUUUAGGAGCGUUUUCGGCUCCAUCUUGAUCAAUUGGAGGUGGGCAGAAGUGGGAUGAUGAUGAUGAUGAUAUUAUUAUUAUUUCAAUUGGCAAGCUUUUGGCCAAGACCCAAAUAGCUAAUUGUUUGCCUGCAAUUUGCUAGACACUUGGCUGCAAAAAAAUGUGUAUACUACAUAGUGUCCUUGGUUCUGUCUCCACCUCGAGCACACGUAUGAACAGGGCUCUACAUGAGGGGAUAAUUAUUACAGAGGAGCAUUUCCUCUCUCUCCAUAGAUCCAGCCCCAAACCAUGGAGAGAGUCCUUCAUAGCCAUAACACUGGAGCAUAAAGGAGGAGAGGAAAAUCAGCUCACGUCCUCAAAUUCAAGUGCACUUCUGCUAGGGGACUCAGGUUCCAUAUUUUGCCACACAAAAAGGCAGAUUCUGAUCUGAUUGGUGAAAAAAAAAAAAAAAACCAACACCUUUUGAUUUGGUGAUGAUUCAACUCGAUUCAACAAAAAGAGCACAACACACAAGGCACACUGGUUAGGAUGCCAAAUGAUGAACAAAGAGUGACAACAAGCAUCACCUUGGAAAAGUGCCUGUCUUUUGCUUUCUAUUGGCAACUGUCCAUUUCUCAGCGUAAAGCCCUGUCCCUUGUGUCUGAAAGCUAGUGAUAAUCUGUCAUUAUGCUGUCUCACCCCAGUGCUUGUGUGCAAGGGUAUAUUUGCAUGUGUGUGCGAGUGGAUCCUCUCGUAACGAACAUCUUUCCCUUGCUUCUCCUACAGUAACACCAUUCUCCUUGUAGAUUGUCAGCAGCUUGCUCCCUCUGUCUCGCCGCUUUCCCUUUAAAUACAACAAGAAAACCCCUUCCAUAGCAUUGUCAUAUCGUGAUGCACACUGCGCUCGCAUGAACUUCAGUAACGUGCUGGAGCUGCGUGUUCAGGAAACGCACGAGCCGUGUUUAGUGUUUUAGUUUGUGACGCACAAGCUGAAUAUUUCCACGGCAUCAUGUCACUUCAAGUAGUUUUGUAAAAUAAAGCUUUAAAAUAGCAAGCUAAUGCUAGGGAAAUAAAAAAAAAAUAGUGUGGGGCUUGUAGUUAUCUUAAACUUAUGCCGGCGAUGAAAACUUUUAUUUAUAUAUAUAUAUAUAUAUAUAUAUAUAUAUAUAUAUAUAUAUAUAUAUAUAUAUAUAUAUAUAUAUAUAGCUUUAUUAGCCUAAAAGCAGGGUUGAGGAAGGAUGAGGAAAAGUAAAAAUGAUUUAGGUAUUAUAUAUUCAUAAAAAAAAUACUAUUCAGGUAAAAACCUUCCCAGGCCAGCUUCCUUCUCACCAGAGGAAGUGUGUGUUGCGCGUGCGUGCGUGCGAGCAUGUGUGUGUGUGUGUGUGCGCGCGCGAAUGUGGAAGUGGUAAAGACCUCAGUCCUCAACUCUGCUUCUGCCUGUGCUGCAUUUAAAGCCCUUGUUAGGCCUUUAGAUAAUGUACUGUAUUAAAGAGACGCAAAGCUAUCGCUCUCAUCUUUCUCGCACACUCACAUGAACACACAGCUUGGCUCUGACCACUCUUUUUUUUUUUGUUCCUUCAUGCAUCCUCUAAGCGACACGUGAAGGCUUCAGAUGGGACUGUUAGACUUUUUAAAAGCUUUUACGAUACAAGCAGAGAAUGGAUGGUUAGAAGUAAAAGGACAAAAAUGGGAGAAACUGGUGGAUUAUUCUUUAAAACGUUCUAAUUAUUUUCUACACUCGCACCAAUUAUUCAGAUUCUGUUUCUUGUCACAUUUAACUUGAUGUAGUAUUCUGAUUAUUAAUGAUGUGCGAUCAGUGUUUUGAGGCUGAGGAACUUCUUCCUUCAACUUUGGUACCAUAUUAAAACACACCCCUGGCUUCCUACUAACAUGCAUGUCACCUGGGAAUCCACCUCAGUGCUGAUUUAUCAUCAUUCGAGGACACAUUUGUAGGUGGAGUUUUAACAGGGGAUGGGCGGGGUUUUAUUACUUGUGAGCCAGUGGCUUUCCUGCGCUUGCUAUUUUUCCGAACUAAGUCUGAGACUUUCUUAUGUUAAAGUCUACAGCCGUCAGCGACAAUUCAUUUUCUGGUGACUAACCCGCUAAUACUCUUGUAGUCAGACUUUUUCAUUUGAUCUCUGCACCGCUUGUGGGCAUUUAUUGAACAUUCUGGCAGCAUGCCUCUGAUUUAUUCAACUGCUCUAAAAUUCAUUAUUUCUUUUGUUUUCAUUUUGCAGUAAAGUUCAGCCCCUAGUUGAGCGGGACAGUCGCCAUUCCAUCAUGCUGAUAAAUUCACUCUGCUUUUAGCCCAAAGGAAAUCCACUGGAAGACCAAAAUAUCUGAUUUUAUCUUUUUUUUUUUAACAAAUAAUUAUUUACGGUCUAAUUCUUACAGGAAGCAUUUGAUAAAUGAUUAUGAACUAAAUUUAACAUGGUUAAAAUGGCAUCAUUACCAUUUUAUUUUAAUAUAAUAUAUAUAUAUAAUUUUUUUUUUUUUUAGUUCAGUAGGAAGCCUGUGCUCACAGAUAAUUCAACUCCACCUAUAAGAAUUUAUAUUCUGGGUCACUCUAAAUUGGAAAACAAAGAAAAGUGUUAAAGAAAAACGAUUCUAUAAUGAGUAGUUAUAUUUUAUUUUGUAAACUGUGCACUUUUAUUAUAGGUAUAUUGCUUUCAUUAUUAAUCUAGGGUUAGGUUUGUAGUGCUUUGGUUUGUGAGUAUGCUGUAUACUGCACAUAUAUUGACAGUAAUAGUUUUAUUUUUUUUUCAUAUAUGCACUCUGUAUGCAAAGAACACAGAUCAACUCACAUAUCCAAAACUACUCACACUGCAAACCAGUCCUGUUGUAUUCUGUGAAAUGAAUCCAUGAGCAUGUUAUCACUUAUAUUUUUUAUAAUCACUCGAUCAUUUAAAAUGUUAUAUCGUGGGGUUUUUUUUUUUUUUUGGACGUUUGUUCUACUGCCAUAUUUUAAAACAAAAUCCCGGGUGGUCAGAUGCUGGGCUUUUUUGUCUAUUUAUUAUUCUUAGGAAUAGUUCAAAGUGAACAUGGAGAAACUUGAUGAUAUUUUUGGCUUAACACAGUAAAGCGUGCUUCAGAAAGAACAAAAUCCACAACCGACGGUGUGGAUUUUUUCUUUUUUGGUCUUCUAGCACCGCUUUACUUAAGCUUUCUAUGGAUCACUGAUUUCACGAAUUCUCUGCAAGCGUAAAAAUUAAUUCCAAAUUGGAAUGAUCUCAUUCUCUCUUUAUUUAUCGUGCCAAGUCUCGGUACACUGUUUUACGUUUGAUACGAGAAAAAAAAAAGAAUGGAGAUUAGAAAGAAGAGAAUUGCUCCCACUUUCAUGCCCUCCAUUUGAUUUUGAUUUUUUUUUUGUUUGUUUAGUUUGUUUUGCUGUUUAUUCUGACCAGGAGUGCCUUUCAUUGUUUCAAGAGAGAAUUAUAGUUUAGGUUUCAGUUUUUGUAGUUGUUUCCCUCUCCUGAAGGUAAGAGGAUUGACCAGGAUUUCUUCCUUCAGAGGAUGCUUAGAAGCAGCAAUAAGUGCAAAAGACACACAAUCAGUUUUGCGAGUGUGUGUUUUGUUAGACAUUAGAUAAAUGAAAUUGCAGGGAAUUCUUGAGAUCAGUGACCCUCUUAGCAAAUUCAGGGGUUUUAGCAAAAGGUCUUUUUUUAAAUCAAGUGAUGGGAAUCAGAAUUAAUCCUAUUUGCCUCAUAACGAACAAAAAAUGACAGACACCACAUAUUUGUGUGAUGUUUGCAGGUGGAGACUGGUGUAUCUAUAGCUUUGUUUGGUGAAGGUAACGUGGUAUUGAUAGUAUUCUUGACAAAUGAGUGAACUUGUGUCCUCUUUUUGUCCAAUUUAUGUUUGCUGUUUUUUUUUUUAAAUCUUUUUUUUUGUUUUAACAUAUUCUUUAAGCAUUGUAAUUUCAGGAAACAGAAAACAUUUUGCAUCAACAAGCUUGAAUAGUGCCAUAAAAGUCACAAUUGGUUUGUUGAGGCAUAAAAAAAAAAACCCAAUUAAUGUUUGGGAAGUUAGGGAAAAAAAGGUCAAUUAAGUGCAAUUCAAACUGCUGAUUUCAAAGCAAAUGAGCUUUUCUGUUUGCUGGAAGCGAUAGUGUUGUGUUAUUCAGCAAGCUGAUAACUUUAUAGUCAUAUUGUGUUCAGUAUUGAUCCGCAAGGAGAGUUUGAUACCUUGAUAUAAAAUCAUGACUUCAUCCAUAUGUUGGUAUUUAUUUGAAAUGUUUUACAGUACUGUUAUCAGUAAUGUGCAUUAUGAUUGGUUAGUGGCGGAAAAUGUCAUAUGCAUGUAAUUCUUCAGCUAUGGAACUUUUACACAGAACGGAAAACAAACCACUUGAAACAGGUUCGAAAAGAAAAGGGGGGGUUAAAUUGAUAAAAGAAAUGUGUUUAGCUAUUAAGUGAUGUAUUACUGCUGAACUAACCCAGAAAAAGUGUUGUUUUGUUUUCCUGAGAGGGAUACUCGUCUGUGUAAAGGUAGUCAUGCUGGUUAAAAAUCAAUAAAAAGGACUAAAAAUGUU